AUGGUCAAAAUUGGGAACACUGAGAACAUGUGGAAAGCUUAUUCCCAGGAACAACUCAGGGAGAUUAAUGGACACUUUGAUCAUUUACCAACAGGGAAAGAUAAAACGGCCUUGAGACUUUUGGCUCAGGCGGGAACAAUGCUGGAGGCGAUUUCGCGGAAUGCCGCGGGGGCUACCUACCAUCAGCAGGCAGCACAAAUGACUACCACUACUCAGGGCGGGAGGGAAUCGCCUUGCCAUCCGCAGGCGAGGGUUACUCCUAGCAAGUCAGGAAGAGCACAAACGACUCCCACCAAAAGGGGGUAUGGGGGGUCGUCAUCACCCUUAGGGUCUCCGCAGACACCUCUGCCGGUCCCAAGAAAGCUAUCGGGGCGGGGGGCGGAGGAAGUUGCGGGAUCAGAGGGGGAUCUGCCUUUCGACCAUGCCGAGGCAGUGACAGGCGGUCAUCAGCCGCCCGAGGAGAGAGUGCCGGGCGGCCAACAGCAGCCCGGGCGGGGCGCAGCAGCCCCGGGGGCGCCGGAGGUGCCGCAAUGGCACCGGGCAGCCGGCAGCAGCCCAGGAGGCCGCAGCGCCGCCCGGGGGGGCCACGGGGGCGGCGCUGACGCGCGCGGUGGCGAGGGCGCGCGCGAUGACGGCGGCGGGCGGCGCCCAGCCGUCCGGAGAGUGCUCGGCGGGGCCGGGCCGGGCGGAGAGGAGAGGAGCGCGGGGACGCGGGAGCGGACUACGCUAAAGUGGCGGCAUGCGCGGUGCCGCCGCGGCGGACGCGCGUUGAUGACGCAAAACCCGGAAGUCAGAGCGAGGAAGGCUUUUUCCCGUUUCCGGAACGCGGCAGGGGCCCCGGCGGUGCGGGAGAUGCUCCCGCCGAGAGCGAGUGUUGCCACGGAGCCGGGGGGGCGAGCCCAGGCGGAGACCCAGGCGGAGCGGACCCCAACCGAGAUCGAGGCUGCGCGGGUCAACUCCACAGAAAAUGCAGCAGAUGAGGCAUUUCACCCAGCUCUUUCACAGGCCAGUUCCACAGAAGUGAUGGCAACAGCAUUUGCUGGAGGGCCGUGCUUCAGAUGCAGAAGACAUAGACAUAUGGAAAAAGAACUGUCCAGAAUCUUCAUCAAAUAAGUGAGAAAGCAGCAUGUCUUUGCCCAAGAUGC